AUGACCAACUAUUCAUCAUUACAAGAAGAAGAAGAAGAUAUGGAACAAAAAGAGUUGAAUAAUUCAUCACCAUCAUCAUUAUCCUCUACAUUUGGUUCAUUCAUCCUUCUUUUCCAUGAUUCACUUAGAAAUUUUCUUAAUCGACAGUCGAUCAUUGUUAGUAAACCGGUGCGUGGUAUAGAAUUAUUUCAGCGUAGUAUUCGUCGUAUUAUCGAACGUGAUCGAAAGAAAAAAUUAGAAAAUGAAAAACAACUGUUAAAGUCUGAUGAUAAUAUACAAGAAUUUUUGUUAAUUUUUAAUGAUUUUUCAUUUACAAAAAGCAUUUUAUUGAAAAAAAAAUUAAUGCAAAAUCGUCAAUGGACGAUUGAAUUUACUCGAAGUGGCGGUCUCAAUGCUUUAUUAGACUAUAUCAAUCGUACAACAGCAAAAAUAUUGACAUUGAUUGAUGUAAUACUUCUCAAUGAAGCAUUGCAAUGUCUUAGAAAAUUAAUGAAUAUAACUGAAAUAUUUGAGCAUAUUGCCAAUAAUGAUCAAUAUAUCGAUGGAAUUGUCAAAACAUUAACAAUUCCAUCGCCUGAAAUUCGUAUGCGUGUAUUCGAACUAUUAACAGCACUGUGCGUGUAUUCACACGAAGGCUAUGAUCUCGUUCUAAAAGCAUUACGUGAUUUUGAGUAUAGAGGGUUUUUUCAUCGCCAAUUAGUAUUGUUUAAAGCCUGUUUAAUUUUAAAUAAUAUUAAUAUCAAAGAUUAUAUUGAAAAAUUGACAAAAAAUACAAGAUUUUAUGAUACUUUAUUAGAUUAUGCAGAACUAUUGGGUUAUAUUGAUAUUGGUCAUGAAAAUGAUAAUGAUGAUGAUCAAAGUAAGGACACGGAAGAAUUUGAUAAUCGAGAAAUCGGUAUUUCUGAUGAUAAACUUCGACGGAUUGAAAAUACCAAGAAAAGAAUGAGCACAGAAAAGAAAUAUUCGAAUGUAUUUGCCGUGAUUACUGAACAAUUAAAAUAUACGGAAGUGGCAAAACAUAAAUGGUCCGCAUUAGCUUUAAUAAAUAAUAUUUUAUCUUGUACGGAUUUUAUUGACAAACGUUUGCACUACAGAAAUAUUUUAUUAGCGGAUGGAUUUUUAUCAACAUUAGAACGAGCAAGACGUUAUAACGAUAUUGAUCUUAAUUUUCAAAUUGAUAUUUUUCUAGAAAAGAAACAGUAUGAUGAAGAAGAAUAUUUAAAGCAAUUUGAUCAAAAUGACCUACUGGCUAUUGGUCGAGCGAUCGAGUUUCAACUUCGAACAGAUUCAAAUGAAAAAGCACUAUAUCUGACAUCGAUGCAAUUAUUACAUGCAACAUUCACAUCGUGUACUAGUGACGAAAAACAAACUCUACUACAAAACGUACUGGACUGUAUAACGCAUUAUCGAGAAAAACAAAUCGUAUCUAAUGUUCAGAAAUCGUCUGAUAAAAUAAUAAUAAAAUUAAACGAGCCUAGUACACAAACCGAUAUACCAUUCAAUUCUGUUGUUAAAACCAACAAUAUUAUUAAUAACUUUGAAAAGGAUAUACCAUCUUCGUCUCUUGAUACAUCUAUAAUAUCUUCACCACCUGAUGCACCGCCACUGCCAGAAAGUUUAGCAGGCAACAACUCGGUGCUACCAGCUCUACCUUUAAAACAGACAGCAACAAUCAUAUCCGAGCAACAAGUUCCUGCAUUAUCUUCCAGUCCGACAGUACCAGAAGCGCCAUCGAUGAAGAGUGAUAUAUCCUGUUCUCCAUCAGUUUUGUCUGCCAACGUGACAACAGGCUCUGUAUUAGAGCAACAACGAAUAUAUUCAUCAGGAAUAUCGAAAUUAUUAGAUAGUAUUCCCAGACCUGAAGGAAAAGUACGUCGAUUACCAUGGAAAAAAUUACAACAAACAAUUCUCAGUAAAAGUAACUUCUGGUCAGAUAUUAACGAUUGUGAUGAUGUAAAAAUUGACUUUAAAUUAAUUGAAAAAUAUUUUGAAAUCGAUGAUAGCAAUGAUUCAAAACAAUGCGACAAAACAAAUAAAAUUGUCUCUUCUCAUAUUCAAAUAUUACCAUGUACACGUUCAAUUAAUAUUGAUGAUACUAAAUCGACAAAUGUGGAAUGUUUAAGAAUGUUAUCAAAAAUAUUACCAACCUCUGAAGAGAUUACUCUUGUUAAUAAUUACACGUGUGAUCAGUGGUCGACAGCUGAACAUUUUAUCCAUUCAAUUAGUAAAAUUCAACAUUAUGAAUUUCGUAUUCAGACACAAUUAUUGAUCGUUGAUUUUAAAGAAUUUAUAAGCGAUUAUAGAGAAAAAUUUCAACAAUUAUUGGAUACAAUGGAUUAUUUAAAACAUAAUUUAUCCAUUAAAGAAUUUAUUCGUUUAUUAUUGGCAAUUGGAAACUUUUUAAAUUACGACACAUAUAGUGGCGAUGCAUUUGGUUUCCAUAUUGACUUUCUUGAGCAAUUACGCGAUAUUAAAACGAUUCAACAUUCAACAAACCUAUUGAAUAUUCUAUUAACUAUGCUCGAUGAUGAUCAUCUACAGUUUGUUGAGGACAUAAAACAAAUUCUAGCACAUGAUUUAAAAUCGAAAGAUGUUCAAGAUAAUUAUACAGAUAUGAAGAAAAAGAUCGAGCAAGGCUAUGAACAAUUACAAACAUUGAAAGACAAUGAGUUGAUGCAACAAUAUAAAGAAUUUUAUGAUACAUCAUUAGUGAAUAUAGAUGAAUUUGAUCAAUUAUCAAUGAAAUGUAAUGAAAAUGAAUUAGAUUUAGUAAAACAAUUUUGGGAUGAAGUCGAGUUAUCAGAAUUUAAUUACGAUAGAUGUUGUCUUAUAUUUAAAACAUUAAUUGAUCAUAUUGAUUUAGAGAAUAAAGAAAAGCAAACACAUUCUUCAGCAACAGCCACAGUACUGGAUAACCAAGAUUUUGUACCAACAAUAACUACAAGAAAACCACCAUCAUCGACAUUAACAACAGAUAAUAAAACGAAUUUCAUGGAUAUGUUAAUUAAAGAUCUAAAGGAAAAUAAAAUUUCCGCAUUAUCAGCAAAACGCUAUCGACCACAUAAAGUAACCUUGAUGAAUGAUACGCGUGAUGUGGAAAACUAA